UAAAUUUUCCCACCAAAUUCCUGUUAUAGGAGACUGAAAAAAAUGCAGCCUCAGCAACCUGGGUAUAAUAGUUCACAUGUAUACCUGGAUCUUCUUGCUGACCUUCCCUGGCAAAAGGCUAGUGAAGAACAUGAAUUGGACUUAAAGGCUGCAAAAGAUCAUCUUGACAGUGACCACUAUGGUUUAGUGAAGAUCAAGCAUCGGAUAAUUGAAUAUCUAGCUGUUCGCAAGCUCAAACCAGAUGCAAGAGGCCCAGUAUUGUGUUUUGUUGGUCCACCAGGUGUUGGGAAGACGUCGUUAGGCUAUCUUUUCUCAUUCAUUUUCUUUUUGGGUUUAUCGAUUAUGAUGAAAUGA